GGGUUGGGGUGGGUGGGGGGGUGGUUCCGUGGGAGAGAAAAGAGCCAAGGACGCCGCACAUGACACCGGGAAGGCAGAUUACCAGCCCCCUCCAGAAGGAAUCAAAGCCAGGCAGUGGACAGGAAUGGCAACGAACCCAGAUCGUUUCCGCCCCAUGGGGGGCUCGAUGCCCCACAUUAAGAGCUUCCCCGCCAUCGUCUACUCGUUCCCCUUCGCCAGCACCCUGCGGACACCCCUCCCCAUCGAGGUCCUGGGGGGCAGCGGCUAUUUCGGGAGCCCCGAGACCCAGAAAGGAGCAUCUCUCUGCUCGGUGGAGACACAGAGCACGAGCUCGGAGGAGAUGAUUCCCAGUUCCCCAUCCCCUCCGCCCCCACCUCGUGUCUACAAGCCCUGCUUUGUGUGUCAGGACAAGUCUUCGGGGUAUCACUACGGGGUCAGCUCCUGCGAAGGCUGUAAGGGUUUUUUCCGGAGGAGCAUCCAGAAGAACAUGGUUUACACGUGUCACAGAGACAAGAGCUGCACCAUCAACAAAGUCACUCGCAACCGGUGUCAGUAUUGCCGUCUACACAAGUGCUUCCAGGUCGGGAUGUCCAAGGAGUCCGUCAGGAACGACCGGAACAAGAAGAAGGAGCUGAAGGAGGAGGCGGCCGAGAGCCUCCCGGUGGCCGCCGAGACCGAGGAUCUGAUCCAGAAAGUGUGCCGCGCUCAUCAGGAGACCUUCCCCUCCCUGUGCCAGCUCGGCAAGUACACCACGAAUUCCAGUGCUGAUCACCGGGUGCAGUUGGACCUGGGAUUGUGGGAUAAGUUCAGUGAACUCUCCACCAAAUGCAUCAUCAAGAUCGUGGAGUUUGCCAAACGUCUGCCCGGCUUCACCGGUCUGACCAUCGCUGACCAGAUAACCCUACUCAAAGCCGCCUGCCUGGACAUCCUGAUGCUGCGGAUCUGUACGCGCUACACACCAGACCAGGACACCAUGACCUUCUCGGACGGACUGACGCUGAACCGGACGCAGAUGCACAACGCGGGGUUCGGACCCCUCACGGACCUGGUCUUCGCCUUCGCCGACCGGCUGCUCCCCCUGGAGAUGGACGACACCGAGACCGGCCUCCUCAGUGCCAUCUGCCUCAUCUGCGGAGACCGGAUGGACCUGGAGGAGCCGGAGAAGGUGGAUCAGCUCCAGGAGCCGCUGCUCGAGGCUCUGAAACUUUACGCCCGGCGCCGGCGGCCGGACAAACCCUACAUGUUCCCGCGGAUGCUGAUGAAAAUCACGGAUCUACGCGGCAUCAGUGCCAAAGGUGCGGAGCGAGCCAUAACGCUUAAGAUGGAGAUUCCGGGUCCCAUGCCGCCUCUGAUCCGGGAAAUGCUGGAAAACCCGGACGUGCUGGACACGGACGAGACUAUUCCCAAGGAAGAGGAAAGCCCGGAGUUGGAUUCGGAGCCGGACUCCAGCGCGCCGUAAGCGGAGGGAUCGGGAGCCUGACGCUUCCCUCCGGACCGAGCGAGCCGCGCACGUUCCCGAAUCCCGAACCCACCCACCGGGAUCUCGCGGUCCGGCCUCACCGGCUUUUUCCCCCCCUCUGGAGAGGAGACAGACGCCAUGACGGAGAACCGGGAAAGACCGGAGUGACUCUUCUCACGGAUUGACGG